AUGAUCAUGAAUUUGGGAGCUAGAGACCCGCAAAUCUGUGCAACUGCUCUAGUCAACGGUGUUUCGGUGGGGCAAGAUGCGCAUGGAAAGAUCAUGCAGGAUUUUGAUACUACAUCAUAUCCACCUUUCAUGAACAGGAAGAGUGGCCAGAAAAUCCAGAAGCAGGUUUGGGAGGAAACUAGAGCGGAGUUUGAGGCAAAAGUCCCGGAGGUCAAGCUCGUUUACGAGAUGCUAAAAUAG